CAAAUAGUAUUUUGCCGUAUUUCAAAACAAAAGCACGUGAACAAAUUUGGAAACCAUGAGUUAAUUAACACCUUACCGUGUUUUACCGGCGCUGAGCCUGAUUUAUUACAGUGAUAAUCCAGUGAAAUUAAAUAUUAUAUCUCGACAUUUCAAACAAUCAACACAAAUCUGAAGCAGCUACUUCCAGAUAACUGUUAUCGCAAAAGCAAAGAUUGAAAAUAGUUUUUUAAUAGUUCCGUGUAAAUGUAAAUACAAUAGCCGUUGUUCUCUUGUUGUUUUGCCGUUUUUAUGAAUUAAAGUGCAUCCGAAUAGGAAGAAAUAUGCUUUUCUUUAACGAAUAAUAAUAUAGUAUUAUAGUGCGGCAUUAGUGAUAUUUACAAAUAAAUAUAUAAGUGUAAAAUGGACACAAGUGAUAGUGGACACAGUGACAUAGGAGAUGACCUUCAUCACGAGAACCAUGGGCUGGGAUACCAAAAUACCUUGAUGUAUGGCCGGUAUAGCCGGCAACUAGGAGAAUAUGCAAAGUUUGAGGCACUAAAAGCACAAGAGAAACGACGAAUAAAAGAAGAAAAAGCACGAAAACGAGAGCUUAGGGGAUAUCAAGGAAAACUAGUCAAAUUUAUUGCAUUCUUAUGGAGGCACACAUUCGCGAGGUUGGGAGAAGACUGGGUGUUCUUGGCCCUUUUGGGUGUUAUUAUGGCUUUUUUGAGUUUCAUAAUGGAUAGAGGUGUAGCAAUGUGUAAUAGCGCCAGACUAUGGUUAUAUAAAGACCUAACGUCACAUCCUGCAGCGCAAUAUGCCGCUUGGGUUAUUCUUCCCACCACACUAGUUUUGUUUAGUGCUGGGUUUGUACAACUUGUGGCGCCACAGGCUAUUGGUUCAGGUAUACCAGAAAUGAAAACAAUACUCAGAGGAGUAGCUUUAAAGGAAUAUCUAACAUUCCGAACACUUGUUGCCAAAAUUGUUGGUUUAACUGCCGUAUUAGGAAGUAGUAUGCCGUUAGGUAAAGAAGGACCUUUCGUUCAUAUAGCUAGUAUCUCAGCAACAUUACUCAGCAAGCUAGUCACCGGAUUUCAAGGUAUAUAUGAGAACGAGAGUCGAACGACAGAAAUGUUGGCAGCUGCCUGUGCCGCAGGGGUUGCCAGUUGUUUUGCAGCUCCAGUUGGAGGUGUACUAUUUAGUAUAGAAGUAACUUCAGUAUACUUCGCUGUGAGAAACUAUUGGAGGGGUUUCUUUGCUGCUGUUUGUGGAGCAUCGACAUUUCGACUUUUAGCAGUUUGGUUCCAGAAAGCGGAAACAGUAACGGCAGUGUUUAGAACAAAUUUUUUUAUGGACUUUCCAUUUGACCCUCAAGAAUUGUUUGUGUUUGCACUUCUUGGGGCUUUUUCUGGACUCGGUGGAGCUUUCUACGUAUGGGUGCAUCGCCAGUACGUAAUAUUCAUGCGUAACAGUAAAACUUUAAACAAAUUCCUGAGCAAAAAUCGUUUCUUGUAUCCGGGAAUAGUUUCCCUAUUUGUUGCGAGUCUGUCCUUCCCAUUGGGCCUAGGCCAGUUCGCAGCAGGAGAACUAACUACGCACGACCAGGUGGUCGCUCUCUUCAGCAACAUCACUUGGACGGAUGACAACUUGACUGUGUCGGAACAGCUUGUUGUAAACAAUUGGAAAACUCCAUGGACUGGAGUACUAGUCAAUUUAGUUUGUACGAUAGUUUUUAAUUUUAUUACGUCUAUUAUUUGUUCUACAUUACCAGUACCAAGUGGUAUAUUCAUACCAGUGUUCAAAAUUGGAGCAGCAACCGGUAGAAUAAUAGGCGAAUUGAUGCACCUGUGGUUUCCUUCAGGUAUGCGGUACGGUGGUAAAGUAGCUAAAAUAAUCCCUGGUGGAUACGCCACUGUAGGAGCAGCAGCCUUCAGUGGCGCCGUAACGCACACCAUUUCUGUAUCUGUGAUAGUUUUUGAAAUGACUGGACAAAUUACUCAUAUUAUACCGAUAAUGAUAUCAGUGUUGAUAUCUAACGCAAUUGCUAGUCUUUUAGCGCCAAGUAUUUAUGACAGUAUCAUACUCAUUAAGAAAUUACCGUAUCUACCAGAUUUGCUACCAAGCAGUAGCGGUAUUUAUAACAUUUACGUAGAAGACUUUAUGGUUAGGGAUAUAAAAUAUAUUUACUACGGAAUGACAUACGAACAAUUAAAAGCAAUUUUAAAAGGAAAUAAAAGACUUCAGAGUUUUCCGUUAGUUGACAAACCCGACAGUAUGGUUUUACUAGGUUCGAUAAGAAGAUUGCAUCUGAUACAGUUAAUAGAAAAGCAAAUAGGAAGAGAACGUAGAAUGCAGGUUGCUGCAAUAAGACAAAAGGAAGCCGAAGAAAAAGAGAGAGAAGAAGAGAAGCGAAAAGAAGCAGAGCGCCAAAGACGACCGUCGAGAUUCGAGGUUGUCCCAGCCCCUGAUGUUUACAAGAAGCAAGUAUCUGUAUCAGAAUUAGAACAGCCAACCUUCCAUCCAGUAUAUGGUACACAUCCCAAGAAAUCCAUCCUAAAAAAGACAAGUUCUGUAACGCUCAAAGGUAUCACACCUUUUUUGUCAACUAGUCCGACUUCGACUCCUUAUACAACUGUUACUGGAGCAGAACAUCGAUUGAAAUCAGCAUUCGAUGCAAUAUUCAGGAGAAGUCACUUCGGCGGAAGCGAUGAAGGGGGUUCAAGUAAUUUGCUAAGAUCCGGAUCUUGGGGUCGAACACCACAAAUUAUUCCAAUGAGUCCCCACAGCCUCAAAAAAGUACAAUUACCCAAAGAACGUGUAUGUGAUAUGAGUCCAGAAGAUCAAAAGAAAUGGGAGGAGGAACAGAUGUCACUUCCCGUCGAAUUCAUUUGUCAUAUAGAUCCAGCUCCCUUCCAGCUAGUAGAGAGAACAUCUUUAUUGAAGGUUCAUUCCAUAUUUUCCAUGGUGGGAGUCAACCACGCGUACGUUACAGCCAUUGGAAAACUAGUCGGAGUAGUGGGCUUAAAAGAACUCCGCCAAGCCAUAGAAGACGCCAACGCAGGAAAUCUUCCAGCUACUGUGGUGGACAUUAAUGGUGGUAUUAGUGUGAAUGAUAUAAGAGACGUGGAAGCUAAUGAACCUAGCGUUACCAGCAAUUUGAUGGGUAAAGAUUCAGAGUCGAAAGUGUAGUGUGAAGUCAAUUUUGUACAAAAAUUUUGAAAAUAUUUUUUUUUAUGAAAAUAUUUUCUAUUCUAGUAAAGACAUCGGUACAUAUAGGAUUUUUGUGUUGUAUCAAGUUAAGUCAAUCAGUAAUCACGGGGAUUAUUAAAAUAUUUUAAGUAUUUCAUCAAAAGCAUUAAGCUAGACAAGGUCACUAGCUGUUUUAAUAACAUGGAGAAAUAUAUUUUGAAUAACAACAUAAUAAGCACUAUAAUAGGGCUACUAGGUACUAUUUAGUACUAACAUACUAGCUACUAUAUAAAGAAGUUUACACCUAUACCUAUUGACUUACAUGUUAUUUAAAGUAAAAUUUUAUUUUGAGGUUGCAGUCAUUAAUUUAAAGGGUACGAUAAAAGAAACUGUUAAUAUCGAACUUUAGAAAAAAUGAUUUGCUUCAUCAGGAUAUAUGCUUAAAUCAGUUUAUAAUUAUUUUAUCAGUAAUUACAAUGAAAUUAAGACCAAAAAACAUUGUAUCAACAAGCUUAAAAAGUUACACGUCAUUAUAUAAAUUGGUCGUCCAGAAAGUAAAGAAAGUUUUGGCAUAUUCAAGGGCCAUCUCAUAGCUAUUCGGACUUUGGAGACGGCUGCUCUAAAGAGUUUAUUUGAUGUACAGGGUUAUUCACUAUAUAUUGACCCCCUGUAACCUGCUUUAUUUACAGAAUUAGAAAAAAAUGUAAAAUACAAAAGUUAUUCGAUUUUUAAAUUAUGAUUUUUUUGACAUAUGUAUAUCGUACUAGUGACGUCAUCCGUCUGGGCGUGAUAACGUAAUCGACUAUAAACAGCUUCUACACGCUUAUAAAUGUCGAUAGGUGUUUAAAAACCGAAUCACACUUCUUACUACUUCAUAUUUGGCGGUAAUGCGCAAUGCGCAAUCAUUCUCUUCUUUCUGAACGACUUCGUAGAUAUUUAGAAUAUCUAAGAUAUUUUAUAAAGAUUCGCAGAGGGAACAUGUUUCGUUAGUAUUAGUACAAAUCGACAUAUAUUCGUUAGUAUUGUAGCGACUGGUAUAAAGAAUAUAAGGCUGUGAAUGUACCCGUGCGGGUCUUUUUUCUGCAUAUUUUAUUACAAUUAUUAUUUUAUUUACAUGCAAAUAAUUUCAAACUUUACUAAUUUCUUAAAAACUGGGAGACUACAUAUUUAUUCAUUUGGGAGAGUCGUUACGUUAGUCAUACAAUUAAUUCAAUACCAGUUUAUAAUACAUAAAUUGAUACAUAAUCAGAUUAACUUCAAAGAUUACAAAUAAUCGACUUACGAUUUUGAUUUUAACAAUAUUACGUAUACUAAAAUCACAAUAAAGAUGCCCUAGAAAUAAAUAAACCAAGACAUGUACAAGGAGCACUCCCGAAUCAUUAUUUGUAUAUAAACUUUAUAAAUUAUUAUUUGUAAUUUACAAUGUAUACAGGGUGUUUGGUAAAGAAUGGACCCUAGCUUAACCUUAGAUUCCUGAGCCUAAAAUAGGUCGAUUUAAGCUAACUUACCUUAGUACAAAAGUUGAUAAUAACCUAAAUACAGGGUGUCAAAAUUAAACUUUUAUUUUAUUUAUUUUUGAAUAUUUCCUGACGCAUGGGACAACAACACGAAAUUUGGUAGGUGGUGCUGGUAUUGUACAGUCUACUAAAUUAUGUUAAAUAAACGUUUCUGGCUAAUACCAGUGAAUGAUUGACCCUUCCCAAAUUCUACGCCACUGGCGGAAUUGCUAUUUUAGUGCAAUUUUUUUGUUCUUCAAUACUUUCUAUGUAAAAAAAUACUGUUUAUUCGUAACGAUAAAGCCAUUAGUUUUCGAGAUAUUUGAAGCUAAAAACGAAGGAGCAUAAUACAUUAAUCAAAAUAAGUGUACCUUUUCAUUUUUAACUUCAAAUAUCUCGAAAACUAAUGGCUUUAUCGUUUCGAAUGAAGAGUAUAUUAUUUGCAUAAAAGGUAUUGGAGAAUCUAAAAAUUAUGCUAAAAUAGCAGUUUCAUCAGUGGCGUAGAAUUUGGGAAGGUUCAACCAUUCACUUUCCCCUGUCGUACGCCUCUGGUAUUAACCGCAAACGAUUAUUUAACAUAAUUUGGUAGGGUGUACAGUACCUACACUUCCUGCCAAGUACCAUAAGGAUAUAUGUCAAAUAGUUUUAUAGUACCGGGCACACAUAUUUCUUAAAGUUUUAAAUAAAGAAUAAAUUAUUGAAAAAAAAUAAUACUUUAAAAUAAUUUGACAUAUCCGUGUGAUACUUGACAGAAAGUGUAGGUACUGUACACCCUACUAAAUUAUGUUCAAUAAUCGUUUCUGGCUACUACUAGAGGCAUACGAUAGGGGAAAGUGAAUGGUUGACCCUUCCCAAAUUCUACACCACUGAUGAAACUGCUAUUUUAGCAUAAUUUUUAGAUUCUCCAAUACUUUCUAUGCAAAUAAUAUACUUUUCAUUCGUAACGGUAAAGUCAUUAGUUUUUGAGAUAUUUGAAGUUAAAAAUGAAAAGGCACACUUAUUUUGAUUAAUGUAUUAUGCUCCUUCGUUUUUAGCUUCAAAUAUCUCGAAAACUAAUGGCUUUAUCGUUACGAAUGAAGAGUAUGUUUUUUACAUAGAAAGGACUGGAGAAUCAAAAAAUUGCACUAAAAUAGCAAUUCCACCAGUGGCGUAGAAUUUGGAAAGGGUCAAUCAUUCACGUUUCCCUGUCGUACGCCUCUGGUAGUAGCCAGAAACGUUUGUUUAACAUAACUUAGUAGGGUGUACAGUACCUACCAGCACCACUUACCAAAUUUCGUGUUGUUGUCCCAUGCCUGUCAGGAAAUAUUCAAAAAUAAAUAAAAUAAAAGUUUAACUUUGACACCCUGUAUUUCGGUUAUUAUCAUUUUUUGUACUAAGGUAAGUUAGCUUAAAUCGACCUAUUUUAAGUUCAGGAAUCGAAGGUUAAGCUAUGGCCCAUUCUUUACCAAACACCCUGUAUACAUUGUAAAUUAGGAUUUGGGAGUACUCCUAAUAACAUUCAACGUGUCUUGGUUUGUUUACUUCUAGUGCAACUUUAUUGUGAUUUUAGUAUAGAUUUAUAUCUUUAAAUCGACUUUAUAUAUAAAGACAUUCAUUUGUACCUAUUUUACUUAACCAUAAGUUAUAAAAAUGAAUACUAACGUCUAUUCUAAAAUGUUUUAAUUUAUUUUUUAAGGAUUUUAUAAAAUUAGGCUAAAAACGUAUACUCGCUCUUUGGACUUAAGACAUUAUUUUUAAGUAAAAAACUCCUUUACAAUAAAUUUGAAAAUUUUUAUACUUCUAUAAACUGAUCAAGUUUUAUAAAGCCAGUCAAAUACGAAUUAGACUAAAAAAUAACACUUUAUACAUAGAUUUUAAUAGAAAUCAAAAAACUAGAUUUUAUACAGGGUGUUUUAUUAAUGUAUUCAAAUUUGUAAAUAAAUUUAACGAGCUGUAAUAUAUUCUUUAGUUAAAACUGAAAUUAAUAGCAGAAAUUCUGCUCUAAUACUGUGUGACGUCAUAAACUGUUUUUCGAAAUUAACUAAGUGGACAAUAAUUAAAUUUAGUUACAGUAAAGUUGUGGUAAUAUUAUUGAAAUUGUCUAAAAGUAUUUAAAAAGAGUUUUUGAUAAGGUAUGGUUGGUUGCAUAUAUUGAGGAAACUCAUAGAUACCUAAAAACUUAUAGACAUUAUGGUGAAGAUAUUAGAAUUUAAUAGUAAUUUACAGAAUUUAAUAGUAUUUUCUAUCAACUUAUAUCUUCACCAUAAUGUCUAUAAGCUUUUAGGUAUUUAUGAGUUUCGUCAAUAUAUGCAACCAACCAUAUCUUAUCAAGAACUAUCUUUUUAAAUAUUUUUAGACAAUUUCAAUAAUAUUCUUUCAUUACAAUUACCACAACUUUACUGUAACUAAAUUUAAUUAUUUUCCACUUAGUUGAUUUCGAAAAACAGUUUAUGACGUCACACAGUAUUAGAGCAGAAUUUUUGCUAUUAACUUCAGUUUUAACUAAUGAGUAGGGGAAGGGUGGGCAAGUCGACAUACUCGAAGGUAAAAUCGAUUUAUUUUGAAAAAUGUAAAAGGUAACACGAAUUAAAAAGCGCCAUAAUACAAACAAAACAUUCUUUUUUAAUAUUUAUCAAGUGAAAAACAAAAUCAGAACUCCAUUUUAAAACUGUAAAUGUAAAACAAAAAAGAGACAAAUUGUCAUCUUGCCCUACCCUAGAGGGCAAGACGGCAUAUACGUGGAUUUAUACAUAAAGUGAUCAAUUAUCAAAACAUAAUUCGCAAAUAAAGUUCUUAGCCUUCAUUGAUAGUCCUGCACACUCUGCAUGAGCCCACAUUUUACACAUUUGGCAACGUAACCAGCCUUCUUGACAUUUGGAUAGGCUAUAUAACUCAUUGCAAUAGAGGCAUGCGCAAUCAUCGUCGUCGUCCUCAUUAAAGGGCUCUUCAUAGUCUGAUUUAUUUUCAUAGAUUUUAACUGCCGCACUUCGUUCACUUUUUCUUAAUUUUCCGGUUCUCUUAUCUCGACAAUCUUUUUGAGUGUCUUUAUCUCCACAUUCUAAGGUACCAUCAAACACAUUUUUCUUUACUGAGUUUUGCUUAUUCCCUCUUACCUCUCUCGCUUUCUUAAUAUUCUGUUGUUCGCGAAGACUCUGGAGGUAUGGACUCGUGGUAAGAACAUCUUGGUAACUAUUGGCCUUUCUUCUUCUGGACUUUCUUGCAUUUCCCUGAGGAAGAGGUGAAAUUUGCAACAAAACGUUUGUGACGUUAUUAGCUGAAGACUCUACACGUUCAUGUUGCUUUGUAUUUACUGUUGUAGAUGACUGCGGAUCUUCUUCAUUCAAAUGUUCUGCUGCAGCGAAACAUGCACCCGGAUUAAGGGAUUCAGUGUUUGCAUUAUCGGCCUCAAGUGGUACGUCAGUUACUGUGCUGGGCAAAUACAUGUGUUCUGGAAAUAUAUCCGGGUUGAAAGGUGAGAUCCCUGUUGCUUUGAAUCCGCUUAAAGCUAUCGUUGGUAUUGCGGUUUUAUUGUAGGCGGAAGAAAAAAGCGAGGCGACCUGAUAAAAAGUGAUGACACGACUCGGAUUUUCCUUCAACCAUUGAGUUGCUGCUGCAUCGUAGUAGUUACUUAGUGGCCCGAAAAAGCACACAUCGAGAGGUUGGAGACGAUGUGUGCAAUGUGAAGGCAAGCAAAAUAGCACCACUGAAUUGUUUUUUGCAAGUUCCAAUGCUUCUAAAUUUUUAUGGCUGACAUGCCCGUCUAAAAUUAGCAGGGCUUUGUUUUUGGUGUUCGGUCGAACAUGUUUAAUAAAGUGUUCCAUCCACUUUAAAAAUAGUUCCCCGGUCAUGUAACCUGAUUCAUUGUACAAACAUAAAGUCCCAAGGGGCGCUCCGUCGUAUAAUGUUGGAUUGAAUUUCUUCCGAGGAAAAAUUAUAGCAGGUGGAAUAUAAGUUCCCCCUGAACUCAUGCACGCUACUACAGUUGAAUGUACUCCCCUUUCCCCGCUGGUGAUAGCACCCACUUGUUUCUUUCCUUUUAGCGCAAAAAUUUUAGAAGUAUUUUGUACAGUUGUCAACCCUGACUCGUCCAUGUUAAAAAUCAUACUUUUGUCGAUGUCUUCAUUAUUUAUUACGUUACGUAGAUUUUUAAAAAAGGUCUUUACUUGUGGUUUGUUAAAACUUUCAGCGCGUGCCAUUGAUGUUGCCUCUGGCUGACGUAAAGAUAUAUUCGGAUGCCUUAGUCGAAAAGAGCGUAGCCAACCUUUGCCUGCAAUUUUUUUCGUGUUAUUGAAUUGAUGUUUUAACUUCAUUCUCACUGCAAAUUCAUAUGCCAAAAUGCGGACAUCUACGGUCGUUAAGCCAAAAAAUCUGGCUUCCAGUGCUAGCAUAUGCUCCACUAGAGCCUCUUCUAGUUCUCGAUUUAAGGUUGUUUCAUGUCUGCCAAGAUGCUUUCUUGUACCAACUGCUAUUUUAUUUCGAUUCAUGGCACGGCGGCGAAGUGUUGCCUGGGGCACUUGGUAAUGCCUGCUAGCCUUUAACCAACCCAUGCGCUUUUCCGCUACAGCCUGCAACGCUCGCUCCAUGUUCUUCUCAUUCCAUGUCCCUCUAUUGGUUUUUCUUUUAUAAUUAGAAACCAUCUGUAAAUAAAAACAGCAGUUGCAAAUUUUAGGUCAUAAAGGCCAAGGGCGGAUCUAUGGUGGGACGGGGGAGGAGCAAUGGGGAUAAUUAUUCCCCCAGACAGGUCCCACCAUAAUUUAAAUGAAUGGAAAAAACUGGAUAUAAACACUAUAGGUAAGAGCUUAAAAAUAUACUAAAAAAUAUAUAGGUACCCAUGUUUUUACUUCUAUAUUAAUAGCAAGUGCCCAAAACAUUAGUUGAGCAUUUUAUUUUAAAGGAUUUUUGGAUAAAAGUUGAGCCCAGAGUUUUUUUACCCUCCCCCAGUAAUAUUUCAUAGAUCCGUCCUUUAGAGGGCAAGAUGACACAGCUAUAUUUCAACUUGCCCGCUAGCUCGGUGAUCAUAACAUGAAAGCAUGGUCGGAUAAAAUAUAACCCUAAGAGCAGUUACAAUAUCCUAAGGUAAAGAUUAGGAACGCCCUUUUUAUCUCCAAAAUAAAUCACGACAAGAAAUGCUACGAUGGCAUAAAUAUAUAACGAAACAUAUGGUACUUACAUUGGACCAAGAUACAACAAUGACACAAAAACGUAAAUAUUUUUUUAAACGUACGGAGCAUCCGCACCCAAAGACUAUCAAACGAUUACUGUGAAGGAGUAGAUUCUAACGAGCGUACGGACUGAACGAAUAAUGGACUAGUUUUCGUGGUGGGGGCAGUGUGUCGUCUUGCCCGGCUAUGUCAACUUGCCCACCCUUCCCCUAUAUUACAGCUCAUUAAAUUUAUUUACAAAUUUGAAUUCAUAAUAAAAUUAAUACACACAUAUUUUCAAUAUGUAUGUAUACACCGUUCUUAGGCGUCAACGCCCUUCGGUAGGGAUCUAUGGGGGAGUAUCACCUAUCCGCAAGCCCUUAUCCCUUGCCGUACUACUCCCUCAUAGGUCGAUCAGAUGCCCGCAUAUUCCAGUGUAAGCGCCAGAUUCAUAUUUAGAAUUUUAUACUGACGCGUUAGCCUUUUUGUUUUUCCGAUGGCCUGGGCUGGGCUUGAACUCACAUACCUCACGGCGGAGUGAAGUGUGGGUCAGCCACUAGUCGCACUGAGCUAUCCGAUCGACAUAUUUUCAAUAUCCUUCAGCCAUCCGAUAUUUUCAAUAUACCAAUUAAAAAAAAUAGUAAUUUUCCUUAUUAAAUUUUCGGAUGACAGACGAAAAACCACCUACUUGUGACAUCUUGUCGUACAUUUCUGGCACCAAUCGAUCUAGCAAUAGGGCUUUUCAUCGAUUGUCCUUUGUUUCCAGCUUCUGUCAGGUGUCACAUAAUAUUAAUAUAUCUACGUCCAUACGUCUUUGGUUUGUAUCAUUGGCAAUACCAAUAACGUAUGACGUAGAUAUAUUAAUAUUAGAUGACACAUGACAGAAGCUCGAAACAAAUGACUGUGAAUGAAAAGCCCUAUUAGUCGGUCGUUAACCACUACCAUGUGCAAUUUUCGAGCAAGGAUGAAGUACAUUCACAUUUUAAUUUAAAAAUCUUAAGGCAUCGGCUUAAUGUCGACUGCUCUUUAAUGUCUAAUGUAUCAAUAAUGUAAUUUAGAGGUUUUUACACAUAUUAAAGUGGCUCGUUUUAAUUACUUGUACACUGGACGUAAGUAACCACAUUUUCUAUUUUGUCAACUGUCAAGAUUUCAACCUUUUGCUUUUAAUUUAAGUGGUUUACUUAUUUCCAGGUGAUGGUCAGUUUGACCGAAAACGUUUUGUACAAUUUCCACUUCCUUGUGGAUAAAUUUUAAGAAUUUUAAUAAAUUCAUAUACCUAUAUACAACAGAAGUGUUACUUCAUUCGACGUUGAACAAUUAUUCAGUUAAAAACUAAAAUAUUUGACUGGCAGUGAGACAACAAAAUUUUCAAGUCUAGAUUAGUUUAAUUAAGGAACUAGAAUUAACUAGUUAGAUUUUGUACAUAAGUAGGCCGCUACGACAGUGAUAGAUUUUUUCUAAGAUACUAUGUUAUUUGUUAUUAUGAUAUUGUUAAUUUUUUUUUUGUUACUACGAACAAAAUAUAAAUAUAAGUGAUAUUUUUGAGUUGUGAUCAAUUUUAUGUAUUGAUAUCUAUUUAGGUUCGAAUAAAUUAUGCUCCAAACUUU